AUGAAACAAAUGAAACAGAAAAAUAUCUUAUUAACGAUAGGCGAAGAAGAUCCACCGGUCAUCAAGAUUUGGGAUCUUGAUAAGCAGGACAAAUCUAAGGGCACACCUCAGCGCACAAUUAAAGUAAACCAUGGGGGAAAACCAUUCCCGGUUUCAACUUUUGCCGUGUUGGAAAACUUGGGUCAGAUCGCUGUUGGGUUGGCAAAUGGAGUGGUGGUUUUGAUCAAGGGUGACAUAUAUCGAGACCGUUAUACAAAACAGAAAGUAAUUCACGAAAGCGAGGAGCCGGUGACAGGCGCAAAGUCGUUUGUGACCUGGUUCAAAUCGAAUCUCAUCAUUGUUUCUCCUCCCGCCUCUCAACCAACCCGACUUACGGCCUCAACGCGUUCUGCCUUAUCCGUCAAUCCGGGAAAUCCCUCUCAACAAUUCACAUCUUAUGAACUUACCAAGGUGACCAUAUUCGAUACCACAAAUAGGUUCAUUGCAUACAUGGGAACAUUUUCUCCUGGUGUACGAACAAUCACGUGCGAGUGGGGUGGGAUCUAUAUUCUUGGAAUGGACGGAAAGUUAUACCGCUUGGACGAGAAAGACACACCAACCAAACUUGAAAUUCUUUUUAAGAAUAAUAUGUAUUCACUUGCUGUCAACCUUGCGCAUAGUCAAAAAUACGAUGAUGCGAGUAUUUCCGAGAUUUUCAGGAAAUAUGGAGAUCAUUUGUACAGCGAAGCUAAAUACGAGGAUGCGAUGACCCAGUACAUCCGAACAAUCGGUCACCUCGAACCGUCGUACAUAAUUCGUCAGGUGAUUAAUGUUUCACACGUUUCAAACAAGAUGUCCAAUGAAACUAACACAGAAGAAAAACUCCACUCUCUUGGUUUCGCCAAUGCCGAUCAUACCACUCUCUUGUUAAAUUGUUACACGAAAUUAAAAGAUGUGGCGCGUCUUGAUCAAUUCAUCAAGACUGACAACGAGCUUACAUUCGACUUGGAAACGGCCAUAAAAGUGUGCCGACAAGCGGGGUAUCAUGAGCAUGCUGUAUAUUUGGCCAAGAAAUUUGGAGAGCAUGAUUUGUACCUGAAAAUACAAAUAGAGGAUGUCGAGGAUUACCAAAAUGCUUUGGAAUACAUCCGUAAAUUGGGUCCUUCUGAGGCAAAUCGUAAUUUACAAAAGUACGGAAAGAUCCUCCUUAAUCACCUCCCGCAACCUACAACACAACUCCUUAUUGAUCUUUGUACCGGUGAUCUAUUUUCGAGUGGUCAGCGUACUCGAACUCCCGAGGGAGCUCAAUCUUCUGCAAUUGUAAACAAUUACGCUCCGAGUUUUUCAUUCUUACUUGGACCCGCGUCCCAGCCCGCUUCCUCGGAAGCGCCCGGGACAACAUCACCGGGACAACAGCCACCCUCAUCGUCUAGUAGUCGAUCUCGUAACGUUUCUUAUAAACCGCCACCUGUACGUACAUUCAUGUCGUUAUUUGUUGAUCGACCGAACUAUCUUAUUCAAUUCUUGGAACAAGUAUCGCAAAAACGUUGGGGCGGUUUUAGUUCGACACGAAAAACUUCGAGAUCUGAUGAAGCAAACGGUCUACCAGGUAGUAGUACUGAUGCAAGCACAUCCGCCAAGGUGGACGAGUCUGAUCCCGAAAUUGAGGAGAAAAAAGCGGUUUGGGACACACUAUUGGAGCUGUACCUGUCUGAGGCUUACCUGCCCCCGGUCGAGAUGGAAAAAGAGAUUAAAGGGAAAAAGUACGGAAACUUUGUGGUCUCCACCGAGAUGGAGCGCGUAAAAGAGAAACUGCUCAGAAAAGAUAAGGCCUUGCAAUUACUGAAAGACAAGGAUGUUGCGUAUGAUACCAACCAGGCGCUUGUGCUCUGCUAUUUGGCACAGUUUGAUGAAGGCAUCGUUUAUCUUUACGAAAAAAUGAAGAUGUACGAAGAAAUACUGAGAUUUUUCAUGGCCAAAGACGAUACUAAAAAGGUUAUUCAGACAUUAAAAACAUAUGGCCCGCAAGAACAAUCCCUUUACCCCUUGACAUUGACAUAUUUUUCUUCCUCCCCAACAACCUUGGCUUCAUCUACUCCCGAACUUUUGGAAAUCCUUGAUUAUAUUGAUUCGCAUAACUUGCUACCACCAUUACAAGUUGUUCAAGCUCUUAGUAGAAAUUCAGUGGCGACCCUCGAAAUGAUCAAGGUAUACAUGGGGAGAAGAAUUGAGUCUGAGAGGAAAGAGUCCCAGGUGGAUCGAAAGUUGAUACAAAGUUACCGAGAGGAGACCGAGAAAAAGAGAAACGAGAUUGAAGAAUUGAAGAGCGUUGCGCGUCUUUUCCCAUUGACAAAGUGUACUUUAUGCCGGGAACCUCUCGAUCUACCUUCCGUACACUUUUUAUGCCGGCAUUCCUAUCAUCAACGUUGUUUGCCCGAGUCUGAUCGAGAAUGUCCACAAUGCGCUAUCCAACAUCGCACAAUUGCCGAGAUAAGAAAGUCGCAGGAAAUAAAUGCAGACAAACAUGAUGAAUUCGCUCGACAGAUGGAAGAGGCAGAAGACGGAUUCAGUGUAGUGGCAGAUUACUUCUCAAAGAAUACUAUGGAAUUUGCUAAAUUGAUUGAUUAG